UUCCGCCUCGUUCCUCCCUUUCCUGUCGGUCGCAAGCGGCGCGAGGCAAGGGCUGCAGAGGCUGCGGUCCACGUUGUCUUCAAGUGGGAAACACUUCUACUGAACAAAAAUGGUCAACGUACCCAAAACCCGAAGGACUUUCUGUAAGAAGUGUGGCAAGCAUCAGCCUCACAAGGUGACGCAGUAUAAGAAGGGCAAGGAUUCCCUCUACGCACAGGGAAAGAGGCGCUACGACCGGAAGCAGAGUGGCUAUGGCGGGCAGACAAAGCCCAUUUUCCGGAAGAAGGCCAAAACCACAAAGAAGAUCGUGCUGAGGCUGGAGUGCGUGGAGCCCAACUGCAGAUCCAAGCGGAUGCUGGCCAUUAAGAGAUGCAAGCAUUUCGAACUGGGAGGAGAUAAGAAGAGAAAGGGCCAAGUGAUCCAGUUCUAAACUUCAGCAUUAUUAUUAAUUUGGCUGUUACUUUUAAGGCAAAAAUGUUGGCAAGAUAGAAAAAUGAUUUGCAGGAAAAUAAAUACUGCGGUAUUCAUA